UGUUGAUACAGACAUACCUUUGUUUUACCUAGGAUUUUGUAUGGUCACUGGUUCUGACACUUAUUCAGGACCGUCUGACUUGGCGUCUGUUGAACACGGAUUAGUUUGAAAGUCGGACGCUUCCGGUGCAGGUAUUGUCAUCAUGAAGAAGGAGCAAGUGUUAAAUUGCCAGUUCGGUCAGUGGUAUCCUACGUUCAAGAAGUUUAGUAUCAGGAGUGUUAUUAUUCCUUUGCCUGAAAAUGUGAAAGACUAUUUACUCGAUGAUGGUACUCUUGUUGUCUCUGGAAGGGAAGAAUCCCCGGGAUGCUCCCAAAGAGACCUUAAUUGUACAGAGGAGGAUGAAGUGCAGUGGUCAGAUGAUGAAAGCACUGCUACUCUUACGGCCCCAGAAUUCCCAGAAUUUUCAAUAAAAGUGCAAGAAGCUAUUAAUUCACUUGGUGGCAGUGUUUUCCCAAAACUUAACUGGAGCUCUCCAAGGGAUGCUUAUUGGAUUGCCUUGAAUAGCUCUUUGAAGUGCACAACUCUUAGUGACAUCUUUCUAUUGUUCAAGAGCUCAGAUUUUGUUACCCAUGACUUCACCCAACCGUUUAUUUACUGUGCAGAUGAUUCUCCAGAUCCCAACAUAAAAUAUGAACUUGUCCUAAGAAAGUGGUGUGAACUGAUACCGGGAGCAGAAUUCAGAUGUUUUGUUAGAGAAAACAAACUUAUAGGCAUUUCUCAGAGGGACUAUACACAAUAUUAUGAUCACAUUAGUAAACAAAAAGAAGAAAUCCGUAAAUCAAUACAAUAUUUCUUUCAAGAACAUAUUCAGUAUAAUUUUCCAGAUGAGGAUUUUGUUUUUGACAUAUACAAAGACAGCCAAGGCAAGAUAUGGCUGAUAGAUUUUAAUCCAUUUGGAGAAGUAACAGACUCUCUGCUGUUUACCUGGGAGGAAUUAAGGAGGAACCUCUGUGAUGUACCUGGUGAUGUAGAAAACGAGGAUCAGGAUUGUCCAACAUUUCGAUAUACAAACCGUGAAGUCACAGUUCAGCCAAGCCCUUAUUUAAGUUACCGACUUCCAAAGGAUUUUGUAGAUCUUUCAACUGGAGAAGAUGCUCACAAACUGAUUGACUUUCUCAAGCUUAAUCGUAAUCGGCAAGAUGAGGACUCUGAUGAUUAGAUACUAGUUUGUUCAUCUGCAGGAACACUCUCUUCAAAUUCCUUUCAAGUAACCAUGACUUGUAAACACUACAGUAUCUUUGCCUGUAUUUGUAUGUCUAGCUCUAUCCUGAGCUCUGUGCAGGCAUCCAUCUACUGGUAGCAGCGAAGUACACUGCUGAUACAAAAAUGAGUUCAUGUUUACUUUGAUCCAGUUGCUGUUCUUUGUUUAAUAUAGGUAUCAAAUAAAUCCAUUAUUAUCCAUAAUAAUACAGAAACAACCCUCCAAAUACUGCACCGUAUGAGAAAAAUAUUGUUACAUUUUACACUUCAUUUACAUGAUAUUAAGGGUUCAGGUAUGGUUUGGUUAAACAAGAAUAAUUUGGCUGGAUUGGAAUUCAAUAAAAAAGUACUGGGAUUGACCAUUUCCUGAAUUUGGGUAUGCUAAAAUAUAUGGGAAAUAAAAUGUAUUGGUGUACUCUUAAUCGUUGGAACAAAGAUUGCAUUUUACAACCUAAGGCAGCUUGUGGUCUCUAAAUGAUUUCAUGGAGGUACAGUAAUCUUCGGUUUUUAAAAUGCAUAAAUGCCUGGUCAUUUUUAAUUUUUAGUUUGUGCAUUUUAUAUCAUAUUAAUUUUACUUGCAAAAUUGUCAAUUUUCACAUUACAGCAAGGCCCACCUUAAUAUUGUUUAAUAAACAACCUUCCCAUUUG